CGUGCGGGGCCGGGGCGCUGCAUGCGGGGUCCUCGGGGGCUGCUGGGGUUGGGGUUGGGGUUGGGGCUGCUGGUGGCGGCGGGGGGGGCGCGCUGCCCGAGCCGGAGUUGGAAUUGGAGCCGCCCCCGCUGCGCCAUGCACGGCUCCAGCACGGGGGGGCUGCGCUUCCUUGGGCAGGAGGAAGCCCAGGCCAUCGACCAGGAGCUCUUCACCGAGUACAAGUUCAGCGUGGACCAGCUGAUGGAGCUGGCGGGGCUGAGCUGCGCCACCGCCAUCGCCAAGGCGUACCCCCCCGGCUCCUUCACCAAGAGCCUCCCCGCCGUGCUGGUCGUGUGCGGGCCGGGGAACAACGGGGGCGACGGCUUGGUGUGCGCCCGCCACCUGAAAAUGUUUGGCUACGAGCCCACCGUGUAUUACCCCAAGCGCCCCAACAAGCCGCUGUUUGAAGGGCUGACCACGCAGUGCCAGAAGAUGGACAUCCCCUUCCUCUCCGAAUUCCCGGCAGAGGCUGCGCUCAUCGACGAGCUCUACGGGCUGGUGGUGGACGCGAUUUUUGGGUUCAGCUUCACGGGGGCGGUGCGGGAGCCCUUCGGGAGCAUCCUCAACACCCUCGAGCGCGUCACGGUGCCGGUGGCCAGCAUCGACAUCCCCUCGGGCUGGGACGUGGAGAAGGGGAAGGCGGACGGGCUGCAGCCCGACAUGCUCAUCUCGCUGACGGCGCCCAAGAAGGCGGCGCAGCAUUUCACCGGCCGCUACCACUUCCUGGGCGGCCGCUUCGUGCCCGCGGCGCUGCAGAAGAAAUAUUCCCUGAACCUGCCCCCGUACCCGGGGACGGACUGCGUCCUGCAGCUCUCCUAGGGUUGGGGAUUGGCACGGCCACGCAGGGUCGAAUUUUGCCAAAGAUGCAGCUCUGCGCCCAGAGGAGGCUCGGCACCGCGUGUUGGGUCAGUGCUACCCAGCUCCGGCAGCGGGAUGGAGGUUUGCUGCAGGUUGCCAGGGCUGGGGUUUGGGGUUAGAAGCUAAUUUGGGUGUUUCUAGGUGUAGACACAACCCUGGAUCUGUCACACGAUGCACUUCAGGAGCGUUUCACUGCAAUAAAGUUUUAUUGAUGCCCUUGGGAAA